GGUGUUACAUAUAGUUCUCGGAACUUGAUCAGUGGGGGUGAUACAGCAAAACCGAAAUUGCAACAGCUCAAGGGGAUGCUAAUAAUGACUUCCGAGACACCUGCCUUUCAGCUUCCAGUAAAGGUGUUGUUUCUUCUACUUUUAGGGCUCUUGGUUAUCGAAGCCUCCCCCCAGCAAGGAAGUUUGUACAUGUGGAUUGAUGCGAACCAAGCCAGGAUAUUAAUUGGUUUUGAGGAAGAUAUUUUGAUCGUGUCAGAGGGUAAAAUGGCCCCAUUCACACACGACUUCAAAAAAGCACAGCAACGGAUGCCCGCAAUUCCUGUCAAUAUUCACCACGUGAACUUUACCUGGCAAGCGACUGAUCAGGCGGAGUACUUCUAUGAAUUUCAGACCCUGCGGUCAUUAGAUAAAGAUGUAAUGGACGAUCCCACGGUUAAUGUGCCUCUCUUGGGCUCUGUGCCCCAUAAAGCAUCAGUGGUGCAGGUGGGCUUCCCCUGCCGAGGGGACCAGGAUGGCGUGGCUGCCUUCGAGGUGACCAUUCUGGUGAUGGAUGCUGGUGGGACCAUAAUCCUCAGGACUCCACUGAAUGCCAUCUUCUUCAAGACCUGCCAGAGAGCAAAAUGUCCUGGAGGCUGCCGCAACGGAGGUUUCUGUAAUGAGAGGCAUAUUUGCGAGUGUCAGGACGGCUUCUAUGGUACACACUGUGAGAAAGCCCUUUGCUUUCCAAGGUGCCUAAAUGGAGGUCUGUGUAUGAGCCCUGGAGUGUGUAUCUGUCCACCUGGGUAUUACGGAAUCAACUGUGACAAAGCUAACUGCAGUAUUACUUGCUUAAACGGAGGUACUUGCUUCCAUCCUGGGAAGUGCAUUUGCCCUGCAGGCUUUGAGGGGAGCCGCUGUGAAAUCAGUAAAUGCCAACAACCAUGCAGAAAUGGAGGCAAAUGUAUCGGAAAGAACAAGUGCAAAUGUAGCAAGGGUUACCAUGGAGAUACAUGCUCUAAGGCUGUCUGCGAGCCCAGCUGUGGAGCACACAGGACCUGUGUGGAGCCCAACAGGUGUCAGUGCAGGGAUGGCUGGCAUGGACGUCACUGUAAUAAGAGGUACCGUGGAGGUUCUCCAAGCAGCCAUCGAGUCCCCAGCCCCAAACACAAGACACAAGGGUCAUCGACAAAGGAAGGCAAGGAGAUGGUGGAUUCCAACAGGCCUGCUGAGACCAACUAUGUUGUAUGAGUGUCUCACCCUAGCUA